CCCCCCUGGAGGAGGCACAAACACAGCUUGUUGGAGCUGAGCUGCACAACUAAGAGGGCUGCCAGACGCUGGGACGGAGCAGAGGCCGCCAGCACAUCGACCACCAGCCCCACGGGAGCCGGGCCCAGCUGCCAGCUCUGACCCCCCCUUGCCGGCGCCAUGACCUUCUCGGAGCUCCUGGACCGCGUGGGCAGCAUGGGCCGUUUCCAGUUCCUGCACUUGCUCAUGCUUGGCAUCCCGGUCCUGGGCAUGGCCAGCCACAACCUCCUGCAGAUCUUCACAGCUGCCACCCCCGUCUACCACUGCCGCCCACCCCCCAACGCCUCCGCAGGGUCCUGGGAGCUCCCCACGGGCCCAGACGGGAAGCCGGAGAGAUGCCUCCGUUUUGUACAUCCGCCCAACGCCAGCCUACCCAACGGCACCCAGCGGGCCACAGAGCCGUGCCUGGACGGCUGGGUCUACACCAGCACCAGAGACACCAUCGUGAUGGAGUGGGACUUGGUUUGCAAAUCCAACAAAAUGAAGGAGUUGGCCCAGUCUAUCUUCAUGGCAGGCCUACUGAUUGGAGGGCUCGUGCUCGGGAAUCUGUCUGACAGGUUUGGCCGCAAGCCCAUCCUGGCCUUGGGUUACCUGCUGCUGGCAGCCAGCGGCUCCGGGGCGGCCUUCAGCCCACUCCUGCCCAUCUACAUGGCCUUCCGCUUCCUGUGUGGCUUUGGCAUCUCAGGCAUCGUCCUGAGCACCGUCAUCUUGAAUGUCGAGUGGGUGCCCACCCGUAUGCGGGCCAUCUCGUCCACCUUCCUGGGCUACUGCUACACCACCGGCCAGUUCAUUCUGCCCGGCGUGGCCUACGCCAUCCCCCAGUGGCGCUGGCUACAGUUGGCCGUGUCCAUUCCCUUCUUCGUCUCCUUCCUGUGGUCCUGGUGGAUGACGGAGUCCAUACGCUGGAUGGUCCUGUCCGGAAAGUCCUCAAAGGCCCUGCGGAUACUCCGGCGGGUGGCUGUCAUCAACGGCAAGAAGGAGGAGGGAGAAAAGCUCAGCUUGGAGGAGCUCAAACUCAACCUGCAGGAGGAGAUCUCCUUGGCCAAGAUCAAGUACGGCGCAGCUGACCUGUUCCGGCAACCCGUCGUGCGCCGUGUGACCUGCUGUCUUUCCCUAGCCUGGUUUUCCACAGGUUUCUCCUACUACAGUUUGGCCAUGGGUGUGGAAGAAUUCGGAGUCAACAUCUACCUCCUCCAGGUCAUCUUUGGCGGGGUCGACAUCCCGGCCAAGUUCAUCGCCGUCCUCUGCAUGAGCCACCUGGGCCGGCGCCCCACCGAGGCUGCUGCCCUGCUCCUGGGGGGAGGGGCCAUCUUGGCGCUCAUCUUUGUGCCCUCGGAUCUGCAGACCCUGAGGACAGUGCUGGCCGUGUUUGGGAAAGGAUGCAUGUCCAGCUCCUUCAGCUGCCUCUUCCUCUACACGAGUGAGCUGUACCCCACGGUCAUCCGGCAAACAGGCUUGGGCAUAAGUAACAUGUGGGCCCGCGUGGGAAGCAUGGUGGCCCCGCUGGUGAAGAUCACGGCCGAGGUGCAGCCCUUCAUCCCCAACGUCAUCUACGGGAUCGUCGCCCUCAUGGGAGGCAGUGCCGCCUUCUUCCUGCAAGAGACCCUCAAUCGGCCCUUGCCAGAGACUAUCGAAGACAUCGAACACUGGUCCCAGCGGGCAAAUGUGCCAGAACAGGAGCCAGGAGAGGAAAAGGAAACCCAAAGGAUCCCUCUGCAGUCUUGUGAAGCUGGCAUGGCCCCCAGUUGAGGGCAACGGAGCCCGCUUUUCCUGCCCUCCAGAGACUGAUCCCAUCCAGGUCCCCGCCUGCCUUGGGGUGGGGGUGGGGGGCAGGUGGGUUCACGCCUCUAGGAGAAAGCCUUCUGAGAGUUUGGUGAACGUACCUCCACCAUCACCACCACCACCAGUGCCCCGGGCCCAGCUCUGACCAGGUCACAGUUUCUGCCACCGGCCUUCUCACACCCACUCCUGCCCUAAGGCCCCUGCAGCCCAGGCCCUGUCACUCUUCUGUCCAGCCCUUCCUCCUGAGGGACACCCAGGACAAAAACACCUUUCCCUUCUUGCCCCCCACCCCUUUCUCCAAAUCAGCCUUCGGGGAGGGAGGUUUCAAUAAACAGUGAU